GAUAUGCCUAAACUCAACAGUUCCAUAUCCACCGUCAUGGCACACUUGAGAAACACAGAGAAAAGGCUCAAGAAGAAUCCAGAGAAAGUCACUCCUUUUUCUGCUGAGAUCACUAAGCUCAUUCAAGCAGGGUAUGUCAAGAAGCUCUCGCAUGAAGAAACAGAACAGUCCAAUGAAGCCUGGUAUCUUCCCUAUCAUCUUGUGUUCCACAACGAGAAGGCAAGACUUGUCUUCAACUGCUUGUUUCGACAUCAGGGAGUGUCUGUGAAUGACCAACUCCUCCCUGGGCCUACACUGGGACCAUCAUUGUUAGGUGUUCUUCUUCGGUUCAGACAGCACCCGGUAGCUGUAAGUGGAGAUAUCCGAGCAAUGUUUCAUCAGAUCCGUCUUCUCCCUGAAGAUAGACCACUCCUUCGGUUUAUCUGGAGAGAUUUGCGCAGCAAAAACCCGCCAGACGUUUAUGAAUGGCAAGUGCUUCCAUUCGGAACGACAUGCAGCCCGUGCUGUGCAAUAUUUGCUCUGCAGCAACUUGCUCGGAGUCACCAACACAGAAAUCCAGGACUUCUUAAAUUAGUGGAGCAAAGUUUCUAUGUGGAUAAUUGCUUAAAGAGUUUCACCGACAUAUCUGAGGCUGCACAGCAGGUGACUCAGUUGCGCAAAGUGAUGGCAGAAGGAGGAUUUGACCUCCGACAAUGGGCAAGUAACCAACCAGAGGUGUUAGCCCAAGUCCCUGCUGAAGGAAGAUCGACUACCACAGAGCAGUGGCUAAGCCAGAACCGAGUUGAGCCACAAGAGCCUGCUUUAGGCCUGAGAUGGAACUGUGCUACUGACACCCUUGGCUAUCAAUGUAGAAACAUCGAACAUACCAUAUUGACCAUGAGGACUGCAUAUCAGGUGCUAGCCAGUCAGUAUGACCCCCUGGGGUUUAUAGUACCAUAUACGACCCGUGCCAAGGUUCUCAUCCAGCAGUUAUGGUCCAAGCAGAGAAGCUGGGAUGACUCCGACUUACCACAAGCCCUGCAGGAGGCCUGGAAGCAGUGGGAGAGUGAACUCCAACAUCUAGAUAAAUUAUCCAUACCACGUUGCUACACACCAAUCCCAACCACUGGUCCCGAGUAUGAUCUCCACAUCUUUUGUGAUGCCUCUGAACGAGCAUAUGGGGCAGUUGCUUAUGUCAGACUACAGACUAAAGACGUCAUUUUCACCUCGUUCGUUAUGGCAAGAUCAAGGGUAGCUCCGAAAAGGCAGCAAUCCAUGCCUCGCUUGGAGCUCUGUGCAGCAUUAGCUGGAACUCAGCUUGCCAAGGUUUUGAAAACAGAGAUGAAUCUCCCUCUUCAAAGGACGACCCUGUGGUCGGAUUCCACCACUGUUCUGGAGUGGCUCCAGUCGGACUCUUGUCGCUUCAAGGUCUUUGUUGGAACGCGUGUCUCAGAGAUACAGGAGCUGACUGAUCGACAAUCCUGGCGGUAUGUUGACACUCACAACAAUCCUGCUGAUGACAUCACCAGGGGGAAACCACUUCUGGAACUUGCGGCAGAUGGGCGCUGGAGUCAAGGACCCCCAUUUCUCAGGCAAAGUGCGGAAUACUGGCCAAAAAGACCGGAGAAAGAUUCAACCCUGACUUUGUCCGAACGAAAGAGCAUCACCUUCUGUGGUCUUGCAGAAGUGCAAAGCGACAAUAAUAUUCCGGAUGCCUCUCCAUUCAAUACCUGGAAAGAAUUAGUAAAAGUCACUCAGCAGGCGGGACAGGAAGCACCAGAAGGUUCGACACACAGUCAGACAAUCAGCUCCCAAGAAGCUGAGUUUCAGUUGCUAAGAAGAUGUCAAGUUCAAACCUUUCCCGCAGACAUCAUAUCUCUUAAAACACGUCUAGCGUGCCUCUCCCGUGAGUGGGACUCAACUGCAGGGUUAAUUCGAGUUGGGGGUAGGCUGCGACGACUCCAGAACCCGGACCUAGAAGAGAUCCAUCCUAUUGUGCUGGACCCAAAACAUCAGAUAACUAAACUCCUCAUCAAGGACAUGGACGAACGUCUUCUGCACCCAGGUACAGAGCGAGUGUAUGCAGAACUUCGGAGACAUUACUGGAUUUUACGAGGACGUCAAGCUGUCAGGCACCAUCAGCCCAAUUGCCCAUCUUGUCAACGCUGGAGAGCUCAACCGACAGUCCCAAGGAUGGCAGAUCUGCCACCGCAACGCCUCAGACUUCUCUGUCCACCAUUCCAUUCAACAGGUGUGGAUUGUUUUGGACCUUAUCUGGUCAAAGUGGGCAGAAGAUCAGAGAAGCGGUGGGGUGUCAUUUUUAAGUGUCUUACAACUCGAGCAGUUCACAUCGAGCAAAUCAACUCCAUGGAUGCCGAUGCAUUCCUUCUCGCUCUACGUCGGUUCAUUGCCAGGAGGGGAAGACCAAGAGAGGUACUGUCAGAUUGUGGGACCAACUUCCGAGGAGCAGAAAGAGAACUCAGGACAGUGUUUGCAGGGAUGGAACCUCAGCUAAGAGAGCAACUGACAGAAUAUCAGAUUGACUUCAAAUUCAACCCUCCAAAUGCCCCUCAUUUUGGUGGGGCAUGGGAAAGUGAAAUUAGAUCCAUCAAGGCCAGUCUCCAAGUCGCAGUGGGAGGGCAGUCAGUCACAGAAGAUGUCUUGCACACAAUUCUAGUAGAAGUGGAGGGAAUACUGAACUCAAAACCCCUAGGGUACGUAUCAUCUGAUGUUUCUGAUCUGGACCCAAUCACCCCAAACAUCCUUCUCAUGGGGCGGCGAGAUUCUGCACUGCCGCAAGUAGUUUACGUCCCAGCUGUCAUGGGGCGGCCAAACACUUGUGGAUCAGUUUUGGAUCCACUUCAUCCGCAGCUACCUACCCACUUUGCAGACCAGGUCAAAAUGGCAAAGGUCUUCCGAAAAUUUAACCAACAACACUGUAGUUUUGAUAGUGGACCCUUCACUUCCAAAAGCACAGUGGCCCAUCGGCAAAGUGGUUAAAACCAUUCCGAGUCAAGACGGACAGGUUAGGACUGCUGAGGUAAUGGUCAAGAGUAAAGUCUACACCAGACCUGUAGCUCGCUUGAUCCCACUUCCAAGUUUAGAGGAUGACAGUAAGGACACUUGAAGAAUUCCGGUAGUUACACAUUUGUUAUACAAAUGUGGGGGUGGCUGUUAAGAAUUCUCCAUAUUAGUUACGUUUCAAAUACUUUAUUUUGAAGCAUUUCUUGACAGUGUCACUUCCGCUUCCUUCCUGUAGGUGUCACUUCCGCUUCCCGUUUGACGUGUGUUAAUGUGUGCUGACUUGUUUCUCUGUUAUGUUUAAUCGGUGCUCUAGUCCUUGACGAUAUGACCUUUUACAUGUCUCGGACAUCUCCGUCUUGGUCCUGGCUGCCUAAGGUAGUACUCUCUAAGCUUUUGUACAUGUGUCUGGCUACAAAUUUAACUUGGGUAAAAGUCAAAUAUUUUCUUUAGAUUUGUCUGCUCAAUUUUCCCUUUAAAAUUGCCUCGCAAAGUUUCACAUAUUUGGGCAUCCAGGUCACAUACGCUUGCAGAGCUUUAUAAAGCCAACUUUGUUCCACAGUUGUCCAUAAUCCAGGGAGGUUUUGAUCACAGGUCCUUAUUUGAUUUAUCUACAGUGGCCAGUGUCAACUCAGUUAGAAUGAAUGCACUUUGCUCCAGUGUAUUAUUAGGGUUUAUUUGAAAUAGGGACGGAUACAAAAAACAUAGACAUCUGAAACAGUUAUCCAAUGUAUGCAUUAUAGUGUUUGUAACCAAAACUAAUUUACAACACUUGUCCCCAACAACAACAACAACAUAGAUCCAACAUCAUUAAAAUAGGAAAAUAAAAUAAAAAAAUAAAAAAUUAGUUGAUAAUAAUGAUAAUAGAAAUAAUACAGACAAAGUGCAAACUAGAUAAAAGCCAAUAAUAAUAAUAAUAAUAAUAAUAAUAAUAAUAACAACACUAGAUAAAAAACAAUUAGUACAAAUUAGUAAGAACUAAAUAUCGGAACACGAUUGCUGCUCAACUAGCCAGAAUUGUGUUUGUUUUUUGAAAGUGCAGAUAUACUUUUCAAAGUGUCAGGUAAAGAGUUCCAUAGUUGUGGUCCUUUUAUUGAAAAGGCAGUCUGGGCAAUGUUCUACGGAACGGAAAGCAACACUUGCCUUUUGACAUUGCUCUGGUGGUAGAUCUGGUACCACUUUGCAGUCUUGUAAUUGCCUUGCAGAGCAAUUGGGGAGCAGAGUUAUCCAAGCAUUUAAAAAACAAUUUGACUGUAUGUAACAAAAUAAAAUUGGUAAAACUUAAAAUAUUGUAUUUGGUAAAAAUUUGGCAAUGAUGAUAUCGUAUACUCUUCUUAUCUAGGACUUUCAAGGUGCGGUUGUAAAGACACUCAAUGGUCUUGAUUGAUGACUGGUGUGCCUGGGACCAUGUAGUUAAGCCAUAAGAUAUGUGUGAAAGAAUCAUUGAAUUCAUAAAAGUAAAAGCAUAGCUGAGAGUUAAGCAGUUUCUUAUGGUCUUAAAACAGCCUAGGUUGGCCUUCAGGGUUUUACACAUUUUCCUAAUGUGACUUUUAAAAUUCAGCUGAUAGUCUAUGAUUAUGCCCAAAUAUUUGACUUCAGGUACUUGUUCAAUGACCUCAUCAUUCAUUUUUAUAUUUAGGUUUGUUUUAGGUUGCUUUUUUAUGGAGUAGCAGACAGAGUUAGUCUGUUUAGUGUUCAAAGUUAAACAGGAUGAUGCCAGCCAAGAUGCUAUUUCGUCUAAUUUAGCUUUUCAGCAACUACAGUAUAUGUCUUACCAGAUGUGUAUACGACUGUGUCAUCCGCAUACAUCUGUAAAUCUAUAUCUGUGCAUACAUCUGGUAGGUCAUUGAUGUAUAGACUGAAUAGUACCGGUCCCAAGACACUACCCUGAGGUAUACCUGUUUCAAUUUUGCGGGAGAAAGAUCUCACACUAGAACACUUUUGUCCCUCAGUCCUUCUUUCGUAAAUUAAAAUUCAGUUUUUAGAUUUCAUUUGAAAUCAAACGACUCACAGGUUACUUCAAAAAUAUUUACCAAAAAGACCGAAAUUGUCGGGAGGAUUAGCACUACCAAACUUUAGGUUUUGCUACUGGGCCACUAACAUUAGAAUUUUCAAAUAUUGGCUGCAAUAUGAAGUAUUUGAUAUGGCUGAUUAUGGACGCUAACUCAACUAAACCAGUAUCUCUUAGGGCUCUGGUUCACUCUCCCAUUCACUUAUUAACAUUUGCUUUUACGAUAAAUUUGGGUUCAGUUUAAGCGCUAUUUUGGCUUACAAACUAUUUCUAGUCUUGCACCCAUCACUGCUAAUCAUGCUUUUCCUCCCUCUCUUGCCGAUAGUGCCUUUUUAAGAUGGUCAAGUCUGACGAUCAACAUCAUUAAAGUUUUAUACAUUGACAACACUUUUGCCUCUUUCCAGAAACUUUGUGCUACACUUUCACUCCCUAAUCAUUUUUCUUCCAGAUUUGCAGAGUGACACAGUUUCAGAUGUGUUUUUGACACCGCUUCCAACUUUAAAAGGAUCAAUUACUCAUAUUUAUAACCUGAUUUGCUUUAAUGCACCGAGUCUCUAAAUUCACUUAGGUCACUUUGAGGUGAGGAUUCAAGAGUGACCGUAUCUGAGGAAAGCUAGACAGAGAUGUCAUUUGGAGUUCAUACGUCUUCUAUUUGUGCUAAACACAGCCUUAUUCAAUGCAAGCUAAAACCCACCCAUCCAUCCAUCCAUUUUGUACCGCUUGUCUCGCUCAUCAUACUUAUUACACCAAGGUUCGACUGGCUAAGCUGUAUGACGGAAUACUUGAAUCGAGGGAUUAGUGCCAACUGUCUACAGCUAACUUAAUACAUAUGUUUUGGCUUUGCCUAUCCCUGUGCAGUUAUUGGACAUGCAUUUUUAUUUUUUGUCUUUGGUAAUUGGCAAAAUGGUUGAACCAAAUUAAGUGGACUAUUUAGGGUAGCCUUUCUGUCAUCUACUCAACAAAUUCAAAAAGUAUCUGGCAGCAUUUACUAUUUUGUUGGCUGGAAGAUUAAUUGUGCUAAAUUGGAAGGCUGCAGCGCCUCCCUGCCACACCUGCUGGAUUAGAGAUAUUCUUUAUUUCCUUAAAUUGGAGAAAACUAGGCUGACAUUGAACGGUAAUUCUGUGAAAUUUCAUGAAGUAUGGGGUGCUUUCUUCAAAUUUGUAAAGGAGACUCAUCUACAGUUUGGCCCCGAUUGAGACGUGGUUGAAUUGUGGAUGAUUGAUUAGCCUUUUGUUUUCCGUUGUGUAUUGCUGCACCAUAUGGCCUAGUGGUUAGAGUGUCCGCCCUGAGAUCGGUAGGUUGUGAGUUCAAACCCCGGCCGAGUCUUACCAAAGACUAUAAAAAAAAUGUGACCCAUUGCCUCCCUGCUUGGCACUCAGCAUCAAGGGUUGGAAUUGGGGGUUAAAUCACCAUAAUAAAUGAUAAAUGGGUUGUACUUGUAUAGCGCUUUUCUACCUUCAAGGUACUCAAAGCGCUUUGACACUACUUCCACAUUUACCCAUUCACACACUGAUGGAGGGAGCUGCCAGCACCCAUCAGGAGCAAGGGUGAAGUGUCUUGCUCAGGACACAACGGACGUGACGAGGUUGGUACUAGGUGGGAUUUGAACCAGGGACCCUCGGUUUGCGCACGGCCACUCUCCCACUGCGCCACGCCGUCCCUAAAUAAUUCCCAGGCGCGGCACCACUGCUCCCCUCACUUCCCAGGGGGUCAUCAGGGGGAUGGGUCAAAUGCAGAGGACAAAUUUCACCACACCAUGUGUGUGUGUGUGACAAUCAUUGGUACUUUAACUUUACCUUUAAUAUUACGACCAUUCGGAAGUGCAGUUGUUUGUGGCUUUUUAUUUGACAGAUUUUUUUUGGGGGGUGGGGGAAAAAAGAACAUUUGAUUUGUAAUGUAUUGCAUUUCCAUUAACUAUGUGUUAAACAAUUUCAAAAAACAAAACGUUUGAAAAAAUAAAGAUAUACUUUAUGUGACGAUCUGUCACUUCAUUUCAAUCAAUCAAUCAAUCAAUCAAUCAAUCAAUGUUUACUUGUAUAGCCCUAAAUCACUAGUGUCUCAAAGGGCUGCACAAACCAGACCACAAACCACUACGACAUCCUCAGUAGGCCCACAUAAGGGCAAGGAAAACUCAAACCCAGUGGGACGUCGGUGACAAUGAUGACUAUGAGAACCUUGGGGAGGACGAAAGCAAUGGAUGUCGAGCGGGUCUAACAUGAUACUGUGAAAGUUCAAUCCAUAGUGGAUCCAACACAGUCGCGAGAGUCCAGUCCAAAGCGGAUCCAACACAACAGCGAGAGUCCCAUCCACAGCGGAGCCAGCAGGAAACCAUCCCAAGCGGAGGCGGAUCAGCAGCGCAGAGAUGUCCCAAGCUGAUAUACAGGCAAGCGGUCCAUUCUGGGUCCUGACUCUGGACGAGCGGUCCAUCCUGGGUCCCAGCUCUGGACGAGCGGUCCAUCCUGGGUCCCGACUCUGGACAGCCAGUACGUCAUCCAUGGCCAUCGGACCGGAACCCCUCCACAAGGAGGGGUGGGACAUAGGAGAAAAAGAAAAGAAACGGCAGAUCAACUGGUAUUUCUUGUUUUUGUAUUUACUUCCCGUCAGUGCUCUUAUUUUGUUAAAUUUCCUGUUUGUUCCACGGAGCACUGUUUUCUCCUCACCUGCCGUUGAUUGGCAGCCGGUCCACACCUGCUGCCAAUCAACAUAUGUCUAUUUAUGUUUUCACUCGAGCACUCCUCAUUGCUCAAAGAUAACACACUCUGUUUGGAACCUCUGAUUGCAAGACUGCUUCAUUUUUCUGUGUGAUGAUAAUUAAAGUCAUC